UUCCGCUUUGUUGUUACCAACAGUUGGCUUCUAGGAGAGUUUAGUUGGAUGGAAGAGGUGGGUCUUCCUUGGCAGCAUCGGGAGGAAAACGAAUAGGCCGCUUUCUUAACGGCGAGAAGAAGAGUUGAUGGCCUCGCGUUGAGAUAGUUCCCUUAGAGUCCAGAGGCUGCUAGGAAAAGGCCGAUGGAGACCUUAAUUGUGAUCCUGAAGCUCUACAGACAUAAGUUUUGACUGAAGCAUGUCUUCUGAUCAAAAUAAUGACCCGAUGCCUUAGUUGCUAUCUGCAAUGGAAAUGUAGAUGUCUUCUGCACCAUGAAAUCAGCCAGUGUUGGAACAAGUAAACACUCAGUGCUUCCUCCUAUCAUCCCAGAGACUGAGAAAGAAUUUCUGGAGAGCAUUCAGAGUUAUAUCAUUUCAGAAAUUGAAAAAGUGGGCUGUACUGAGAAAGGACCAGCAGAGGAUUAUUACAUAAUAUACAGAAAUGUGUUUGAAAUGAUAAUUGAGCAUGUUAAUGCAUACAAAAGCAUUUUGACCACAAUCAAGCAAGAAUAUGAUGCUUUUAUAGAAGUAAUAAAAAAGGGGCAGCAUGAUGCAUUUUAUCUUCAUGGAAAAUUAAAAACGUUAGCAUGUGAAUCUACAACUUUAAUGUAUUAUAAGAAAAGAAUAACUCAGCUGGAAGAAAAAGUGAAAAGAAUUGAGAAGAAUUCUGCAAGAACUGAGAGCUUAAUACAGAAACUAAAAAGUUUAAGGUUGACACUAUUAGCAAAAGAAGAUUUAUCCCCAGUCAAGAAAGUUAAUCCUGCUAAAAAAAUUCCAGGUCUUAAUAUGAAAGACUCUCUUGAUAUAGAUGUCCUUUCUAACCACUUAGAUCAUCUACAAAAAAGGUUGAAGGAAUUGAAAGAAGACAUGCUGACAAAAUACAUUCCCAUAGAAAACACAGCCAAUGUUGAAGGAGACAUGAAUCACGCCCUUCAAAAGCGAAAUAUGGCUGAAAAAAAUAACGAAAGCCUGAAGUAUUGUUUUUAUCGGCUAACUCUGUUUGCAAGUGUGAUCACUGUCUGGGAGAAUACAGACAGGAAUAUUGACACUCUGCAGCAGCUCAUCCAUCAAAUGAUAGAAAGUGAGAAAUUUCCAAAAGGUUCAAUUGCUUCUAGUGUCUCAAGUGUAUUUGAACGUGAUCCUGGUAAAAGCAAAGAGGCAGAAGAUCUGAUUGAAUAUAUUGAAAGGUUCAAUGAAUUGUUUUCCCGUGGUCAGUAUGAGGCUGCAGCAACAUAUGCAGCAAACUGUCCAAGAGGAAUCCUACGCAAUGAAGAAACCUUGGAGAAAUUUAGGGCUGUUGGUCGUGUUAAAGGGAAGAUCCUCCCUCUACUUUUGUAUUGUGAUGCACUCAUAACUACAACCAUUGCUAUUAGGAAGCCUCUUCCUGCAAAUUUGACAACUGAAGCCAUCAAAUGUGCCUUAGCUGAGAAACGGUUAGACUUGGUGAUGCAUUGGGUCACUUUGCACAAAUUGGAAUUCUCUGAGGCUGCCGGUGAUGCAAUCUUUAAGUAUGCAGAUGUGGAUACGCACAACAAGUCCCAGUGUCUAGCUUUGGCUCAAAUUGCAUACAGUGAGUGUGGGGCUCACAAAAAAGCUGUUUUAUGCUUGUGCAAACAAGGCCAGAUUUAUGGAGCCAUGGAUUAUCUACAUCAUUUCAAACUUCUUUCCACAGAGGAUUAUAUCUUUCUACUGAAGCACUGUCCUCGUAUAGAUUUCAUCCAUUGCCUUACUCAAGAAUGGAAUGGGAAACCACCAAUCAUGUCCCUUGGGGAAACCAUCCUUUCUCUCAUUGGAACAGAACAUGAAAUACAUGGCAUACACUUGUUGGAGGAUAUUACCAAAAAGGGCAAGGAUACAUUGGAACAAAUUAUUGUAAACGAUACCUCCAAUGUGGAAGGAUGGAAGGAGAUAGCUGAAACAUGCCUCCUUGUCAAAAAAGAACAUUUAUACAAACUUAUCAUCUCUGUCCUUGCUAGCCUGGAAGGAGUGUUUGAAAUUCCAACAGAUGAUACAGAGGAUGCCAAAUUAAUGGAACAUGUGUUCUUGUAAUUUUUCCACAAGGCACGUGGAGGAGCUCUUUGUCCUAGGAGAUGUGUAGAUUGGCUGCAUAAAUAACAACACAACUUCUUCAUGUUAUUUCUGUUUUAAAAACGUAAUAUAUUUAAUACCAUGAACCUGAUUUGAUUGUGCUAUAGUUGCUGCUCAUGCUUGAUCAUUUGCCCUUGUUUUACUUUAAAAAUGGUGUUCCUUUCUGAAGUAAUUUAGCUAUGUUUAUACUAAAUCGCUUGUGAUUUCUCUUCCCUUUUUCAGUAAUCGUUUUUCUUCUAUUUUUUCUUCCUAGGGACAGGAAGUUGAAUCAAUUGUUGGAGACAUAGUCUUUCAUCUCCCAAAUAGUCACAUUUGUUUAAUUUUUAAAAUCAUGUUGCUUUUAUGUUGAUACAUUUAGUGGCAAAAUUAGAAAUUAUCUCUAAUAUACCCAUGGAUAAGAUGCUCACAACUUAGCUACACAGUUAUUCUUUCCAUUCUAUGAACUGGAGUGAAACUGGAAUAAUUCCUGGUUUCUCCAGGAAUCAACAUUUUUGGACUAAAGGUUAUGUAACUUUUGUAGUCUUUCCUGGCAUGGUUGUUGGAUUAUGAAAGAUAUAGUCCCAAUGCACCCGGAAAGUACCAGGUGGUGUUUAGGCUACCUUAUUGCACAUAGAUUCAGCAUUAAUUUAUGCUAUAAAUAAGUUAUUUAGAAAAUCCAUCCUAUUAUGAAACAUUUUGUUAUACCGCAGACGCUUGAUUACUGCCCUGUUUCCCCCAAAAUAAGACAUCCCCUGAUAAUAAGCCCAAUCGGGCUUUUGAGCGCAUGGCAAUAAGGCCAAGCGCUUAUUUCAGGGUUCAAAAAAAUAUAAGUCUUACUUUCAGGGAAACACGGUAACAAAUUAAGCAAGUUACUAAAAUUAUAUCUCUAAAAUGAUUGUAUUUGAAGAUAAAGUUUCAUCCUUAUGUUCCUUCCUUUACAGCAAGCAGUUCAUUUCUUUCACCCCAUAAACCUGCCACGUAAGCAGGGAAAGGCCAUAGCUUGAAGGUGAUGUGAAUUGGUUAAUGAAGAUUUUCUUGCACUCACAUCCAAUUAUAUUUCACAGGGUUUUCUGACAGAAACAAACCAAGAAAAAAAAAUAUGUUCAACAAUGUAUCUGCUCUUCACCAUAAUGUGUAUUAAGCAGGUUGAUAAGAAACAGCUAAGAGACACAGAUUUUGUGAUAAAAGGCUGAAUAUCAGCAACUAUGAGAGCAUGGUCCAACAUUUACUUUUCUUUUUCACUCCCCCAUUAUUUCUUUUCAAAGAUUUUGUCUGCAGAAGCCCAAAUGUAUGUUGUGAGAUAUGCUAUGCUAUAUUUGAAUGUCUUUUUAGUUCCCAAGAUUGCAGUACAAGCCAAGGACAUUCUCACUCUGGAAAGCUGUAACUCUGUAAUCAUAUAUGCAGUAACAAUUCUUGGGGGAGGGCAUUGAAAGAGUGUGUGUGUGUGUGUGUGUGUGUGUGUGUGUGUGUGUGUGUGUAGGGAGAAGGGGGGGAGAGAGAGAGAAUCUCAAGGCAAAUUAAAUUCUUUAUGGCAGUGGAAAAGUAAAAAAGAAAAAAGCCACAUCAAGCACAGAUGGUCCCAUAAUUUGUUCCAAGAUGCUGAAUUUUGAUCACAGAAUGGGACCUCACCCAAAUUCCAGAUACUGUAAAUGGGCAUUGGUCCUACCUGAAUGCCGAUUCUCAGAGACGCUGUGGCAUCGGCCAGGCAUGGGUUGCUACAGUCGGAUCUGCCUAGAUACUGAGUCAUAGUUUUUUGACCACGCCCCUUGUUCCUUUCUCUCAGGCCCAGGCAAAGACAGGCCAGAAGAAAUUCUCCAACUGGAAGAAAAUCCCGACAGUCAGCACCAGGCCCUGAGGAGAAAGGGAGGGGCUGGCCGAUGCCACAGCAUCCCUGAGAAUCGGCAUUCAGGUAGGACCAAUGCCCAUUCUCCAGUGAGGCUGUGGCAUUGUCCAGACAUGGGACAUACCAAAGCCUUUGGCAGUCCUAAGGGUGGGAUGCCGAAGGGCCUGGAGCAACCCCGGCUUGAUGCACCUGCUGUAAAACUCUCCUUCCAAAGGAUGCUUCUGCUGAAGCGAAGACAUCCAAUUUAUAGUGCCGGAUGAAAGGUGAAGAAAACCAGGUGGCUGCCCUGCAGACCUCCUCAAGGGAGGCCUGCGUGGUCCAGGCCGCCAAAGUAGCCACACUCCUCGUGGAGUGGGCAGUGAUGCGUCUGGGAACAAGUAGAGCCUGGGCCUGAUAGGCUGAGGCAAUACAAGCUCUAAUCCAGUGACCAAUGGUCGAGGAAGAGACCUUAGACCCUAGUGAAUUUGGAAGAAAGGAGACAAACAAGGCCUCAGACCUUCUGGAUGGGGCAGUUCGUUUAAUAUAAAUUUUGAGAGCCCUCCAUACACCUAGAGCGUGCCACCUUCACUCUAACACGUGAGAUGGCCUCUGACAGAAAUUAGGAAGCAUGACUUCCUAGGCCCUGUGGAGCCAAGAAUUAAUUUUUGGAAUGAAUGAAGGGUCCAGCCGCAAGACAACUGUGUCGGGAUGGAACACACAGAGAUCCUCCCUGACAGAAAGAGCUGCCAGCUCGGAGAUACGUCGAGCAGACGUUACGGCAACUAGGAAUGCGUUAUCUUACUUCAUUGUAAGAUACCUAAGGCUGACAGUUUGGAGAGGCUCAAAGGGGGCCUCAGUCAAGGCAUUAAGCACUUUAGUUAGAUCCCAGGUGGGAUAUCUAUGUACAGUCGAGGGCCAUAAGUUACUGGCGCCCGGUAAAAAAAGUCGAAUGACUGGGUACCAUGUUAGGGGCUCCCCUGCGUUACCUGACAAUACUGUGGAGAUGGCUGCCAUGUGUCACCGGAUAGUGCUGUGGGCCAAGCCACGAUCCAGGCCAUCCUGAAGAAACUCGAGCACCUGCUGGACAGAGGCUGAGAGAGGAUUAGCCUGGUGGGAGGUACACCACCUGGAAAAGGUCAGCCAGGUGGCGUUGUAAAGCCUGACUGUGGACUGUCGCCUGGCCGCUUGUAUAGUGCAGAUGCCCCUGUCAGAGUAAUCAUCCUGCCUCAGGAGGACCCCCUCAAGUGUCAGGUGGUCAGUUGGAGCCACUGGGGCUCUCGAUGAAGCAGGGCCCCCUGGCAGAGGGUGGUCCAUCCUGAGGGUAUCCUCCAUGGUCGUGAUGCCGAGAGGCUGACAAGGUCUGCAAACGACGGUUGACAGGGCCAAUGAGGGGCCACUAAGAUGAUCUCUGCCUUGUCGGAGAUGACUUUCUGAAUUAGUGCCAGUAUUAGGUGCAGAGGGAAGGCAUAAUGAAGGAGUAAAGUCCUUCCACCCCGGGUGUCAGGAACCUCGAAAAGUAUCAAGGUAGUUGGUGAUUCAGGCUCAACGCAAAGAGGUCAAUGUCCGGAGACCCGAACCUGCUGCAUAUGUCGAGGAAAAUGUCUGGAUGGAGCUGCCAUUGGGCAUUGUCCACUUGAGUUCUGCUGAGAUUGUCUGCUUGAAUGUUCACAGUCCCCGUGAUGUGCUCUGCCCAGAUGGAAAGGACGUUCUUCACAGCCCACCUGCCGAGACGAAAGGACUCCUCCAUGAGCCGCCUCAAGCGAGUCCCUCCUUGGCAAUUGACAUGUGCCUUUGCGGCAACAUCUGUCAAGAUCAGUACAUGUUGGUUUUGCAAGGAUGGUUGAAAGUGACUGAGGGCCAGGUGAAUGGCCUUCAACUCUAGCCAGUUUAUCGGAUUGGCAAGGUCUUUAGAGGACCAGUGACCUUGUGCCACUUGGGAGUUGAGGUGGGCCCCCCAACCAAAGAGGCUGGCGUCCGUUGUAAGAGCGAGUCUCUGGUGGUCCCUGAAGAGACACCCCUUAUCCAGAGAGGUUGAUGUCCACCAAUGAAGAGCUCUCAGGACAUGAAGAGGGACCCUGACCUUGGUUAGGGUGUAAGACUGCUGCGCUCGCUGAAAUGGGAGUAAGAAUCACUGGAGGUGCCGAGCAUGGAGAUGUACCCAGGGGAUGAUCUGCAUACAUGAGACCAUCUUGCCCAGCAACUUGGACAAGGUGGCUAAGGGAACUGUUGGAUUCUUGUGAAUCUGAGAUAUUAGCUCCCGUAUGUCGGUCCUCCUUUCCAGUGAUAGGUAUACUGCUCCCUGCACAGUGUCGAUAAUGGCGCCCAGAUGGACAAUCCUGGUGACUGGAAUCAGAUGGCUUUUCUUGUAAUUGACCAGAAAGCCGUGGUCGAGUAAGGUACAAAUCGUGAGAUCGAGAUCUUGUUGAGCUUUGCUGUGUGACGAUGCCUGGAUCAAGAUGUCAUCCAAAUAUGCCUGGAGUCUGACCAGCUUCAGCCACAGGUGCGCUGCUACGGCGGCCAAGAUCUUUGUGAAACACCUUGGGGCUGAGGCCAGCCUGAAAGGGAGAGCCCUGUAUCAUAGAUGCCUGCCCGCGUAGCAGAAGCAUAGGUACCUGUGAUGGGCUGGCAGAAUAGGAAUAUGGAGUAGGCCUCCAUGAGGUCUAUUGAGACCAGAAAAUCGUUGGGACGAAUCCCCUGCAAUAUGGAAUUCAGGGAGCACAUUUUUGAACCUUCGGUAUGCAAUGUGAGCAUUGAGGGAUUUUAAAUCUAGAAUCGCUCUCUCCCCCACCCACCCCGAACACUUUGGCACAACAAAAAGAAUGGAGUAGUAGCCUUGACUCCACUGGCUUUUUGGAACCGCCUCUAUAGCUUGAAUCUGGAGAAGGUAUUGAACAGCCUGUUCCAUAAAUUGUUGCCUGGUCUUGUUGUUUGAGAUAAGACACUGUAUAAAGUGGUUCGGGGGUUGGGAGAGGAAUUCUAGGGGAAGUCUGAAUUUGACUACAGUAAGGACCCAAUGAUCUGAGGUUGUGAAUUCCCACCUGUCUGCGAAGAGAGCCAAGCGGCCCCCUAUGGGAGGAUUGGGUGGUGAGUCAUUUGUGGCCGCGGGAUUGGCGGUAGCUGGAACCAUGAAAGGACUGCUUGGACUGUUGGAAUUGCUUGAGUCUGUCCCAAAAGGACUGAUGAUCAAAUGGUCGAGUUGUUCCUUGAGAACAGAACUGCUGGGAAGGACCUCCCUGCAAGUAGGCACGAAAAGGCUGCUUCCUAUAAAGGGGAGAAGAUCUGUCAGCUUGUCUAGUGGACAAAGGGAGAAUUUUGUGUUUAUCCCAGGUUUCUAUGAGGAGCGGCUCCAGUGAUUCCCCAAAGAGUUUCUUUCCAGUGUACAGAGCUGCAGCCAGGCACCAUUUGGCCUUCAGGUCUGGUGGCCACUGAUGGAGCCAUAGUAAUCUACUGGCCAAAACUGCAGAUGCCAGAGCCCUUGAUACGUACUUGGCAGCAUUUAAGGUCGUGUCAGCAGAAAAUUGGAUAGCCGCGAUAAUUUUGUUAAUGUCUUGAUGAAGAUGAGCCUCACUAGGGGCUACCCUGGCUUGCAAUUGCUGAAGCCACAGAAUAGUGGUGCAGUUGAAAAAGGAGUCUGAGGAUGCCGCCUGGAUGGCCCAGGCCACGGCCAGGUGGUUCUUUUUGAAUAAAAGAUCAAAUUUCUUGUCCUCAGGGUGGAGGCCUUCUAUGUAUCCCCAGUUACAUAAGAAGAAGAGGAUGAGAGAGCUGCAACAGGGCUGUCCACUGGGGUAACCUGCAACAUUUGGGCAAACUUGGGAGGUGCAGAGUAAUACUUCCCAUCUGCCCCAUUCGCUGAGGGAAUGGCUGUAGGGCUUGACCAUUGUUUUUCCACCACAUCUAUGAACAAUGGUGGGGCCGGAAUAAAGAGCUGCUCUGGUCCAAGCUCAUAAAAAAGGCCUUGUGGUUGGCCCUGCUGGACUGCCUGAGAUUCCCUGGGGAUGUUGUCCUCCUUUAUGGCUGCUGUGGUUCGUGCCUUAUGAAGUAAGGACUUGAACCGGUUUGGAGGACAAAGCCCUGUAAAGGUGGGUGUGUCUGGGAAUACCCCCUGAUCAUCUGAAAAAUCAGAAUGAUGUUCGUCUUCAAAGACAAAAACCUCACUGCCUCUGGAAGCAUCAGGUGAACGAGAGCUGGUUAAGCUGGCUGAAGGAGAGCCUUGAAGAUGAGCAGACUGCUCUGAGACCACUGAUCCCAAAUGAUGACCCUGGAAAACAGUUGCCAUGUGUGAGGCAAUGGCCUGGUCAAUAAGAAUUUGCAGACCUUCGGGUAGGUCUUUAAAAGGGUCAGAGGCAGGCCUAGCAGUUCAGGGCGACACACUUGCUGAGGCUGCCACUGCUGACACACUGCCAGGGUCAGCUGGUACAGAUGGAUCUAACUGACAAGCAAAAGGAUUCUGGGCUGGGCCCUGUUCUCCAGGGGUCAGCAAGACUGGACCCGUGGAAGUCUCACCUGCUCCUUCAGGGGACCAAGCCUGAUUUGAUGGAGAUGGAGCCAGAAUCUGAUGAGAAGAAGUACUGGUAUGGGAGCGGUUUCCCUUGCAGCCAUGUUUAAAGCAGCUUUGGAGACUUCUAAGGACUUGUGUCUCCAUUCAAGGUCUUUGGCCUCUGCCUUAGAAAUAUGCUUGCAGGAAGCCUUUUUGCCAGUGGAGGUCCCAGCCACCUCCCUGUCUGUAGAACGAUCCACCAUUUUAAAAUGCUGUACUCACUGCAGCCAAGAUGGCGUCUGGAGGUAGAUGGGCCUCAAAUUCACCACGUGGUAGGGCAAACGGUGGCGGCUGUGCCGGUGAAAACCAGGAUAGCCAGCACACUCGUGAGCAGGGUGGAUUCUGCUCAAGGGGCAGCUUGUUUAGGUAAAAACCUAGAUCGUGCCAGCUCCCAGCACUGACGGCCGCAGUCAAAGCAAGGCUAGACCGGCAGGCCGUUUGGAAGCCACUUGGAGGGUGCAGGAGGACUCUGUGCACCAAUCUGUUCCUUGUAAACUGCUCGGUGGUGGUAGAGCGGCAAUUGAGGCCAAGCUGCCUCAAAGCGAUUUCCGAUGCUCUUGGUGGUGGCAGAGCGGCAAAAAACCAUUUAAAACCUUGCCACGGUGCUUCAAAGGGCCGCCCUACAGCUGAUCAGCGGUAAAAAGGAUGUGGGUAGCUGCGGCCAGGAGGCACGAAUCUGUAGCUGCUGCCAGAGAAUCGCUGCCCAAAGAAGUUGGUGGUAUAGCUUUGGGAGCUGUCGCUGCCUCGUUGGUGGCCUAGAGGGCCCAAAGGGUGCCUGCCAGAGGCAAAACGGCCACGGCAAUAACAGCUGAAAAUGGUGGCCGCCUGGAGUGAUGUUAGGGUCUGGUAGACCGGUGAGCUCCAAAAUAGAAUUAGUAGACCGGUACAGCUCUGCAAGCUGUUUAAAAUAAGCCUGGUAGACACCUCUGCUAAAUCCUAAAAAAAAAUUUAGUCAAAAAAUUCACAGUGACUCUGAAAGAAUUGAACAGACAAGGGCUGAAAGCCAGAUCUGCGAGAGAUGUUUCUCUCAGGCCGACUGAGUCGAAGCCGCCUGAGAGGAAGGAACAAGGGGAGUGGUCAAAGAACUAUGACUCAGUCUCUAGGCAGAUCUGACUGUAGCAACCCAUGUCUGGAUGAUGCCACAGCUUCACUAGAGAAUUGCCAGCUCACUAGUUUACUGCAUUGUCUCUAGACAUCAUGUUAACUUUAGGGAGUUUUGCUGAACACUAUCCAGCCACAGAUUCUUUUUUUCCUUAGCUCAGAAAAUCACUGUUGGAAUCCUGUGUCACCAGGAAUUUGCAUAUAAUCCUGUUAAUGAAUUGAAUAAUAAUUGAGUUUAAAUUGGAUAGUUGUGGUUCACAGACCCCCAAAUUUAUUAAAGGACCCUUUCUUAAGAAAAUGUAGCCUGGAUCAUUUAUUUAAGAAUAUAAUAUACCAUAUGCCUGACAUAUAUUUGAAUGUGUGUGUGUGUAUGGGUGAUAAUGUGUAUGGAUGGAUGUGUAUAGAAAGAGAAAGGAAGUCUAGGCAAGUAAAUUUAGUAUUUUCAAAUGAAAUCAGUCAUUUUGUAAAAAUGCGUAGCCGUUGUUUCUGGCUUAAUUUGCCCUGAGGCACACUAUAUAUAUACAGCUUUGCACACACAUAGCAAGAGUGGUCGCUGCAUAUAUGAUUACAGAAUUACAGCUUGUGAAGCAACUGUGUGGGAGUCUCCUUGGCUUGUGCUACUGGUUUAUAUACAAGACACAUAGCAUUUCUCAUAAGAUACAUUUGGGCUUGUCUUGGCAAAAUCUUUGCAAAGCAAGAAAGUGGAAGUGAAAAAUACAAAGCGCUAAUACAAAGAAAAACUUCCCUUUACAACUGAUUUCCUACGUUCAGAAUGUUGCCUAUUGAUGGGAAUUAAUUUAAAAUAAUGUUUUAGAAGGAGCACAAAAAUGCUUAUAUAACACCCAUAAGGGGUGUUUAGUGGAAGCCAAUGCAUAGGAUUUUGCAUUGAAUUUAGUAUUGCUCCUAGGCAAAUGUGUACAGGGUUGCAGUGCUUUUACUACAUCCAUAAAAUCAUAAAAUAUUAAACUCUUCAAAGUC